ACGGCAAAAGUGAGAUGGGGAAAGGAGAGAGGGGAGACAAGGAAUACUGCAGAACUGAUUGUUUUAUAAUUGGAUACAUUACUUGAAAGCUUUAUUUACUUCCGACAAAAAAUAGUUUAUAAAAUGCUAAAAUAACAGCACUGCAAUUUGACUUCUGAUUGCAAAAUGGAGUGUCUUCACUAUCACCAAGGUGAACAUAUGCAAUCUCACUUAUUGGAGAGAUCUUUAUUUCUCUUAUAACCACUGCACAAAAAUAAAAGUUGCACAUGUAAGAUCUACACACUUAAUGAGUGUAAAGCCCAUUGGACAGAAUGGAUUUUCUUCUACGUAUAUGACUGGAUUGCUUGACUGUUUGUAACCUUUAAUCAACUCUGCAUUGACCAAGAACACUGUAAGGAAAGUCAUGAUGGAAGUGAUAGUAAGACUUACCACACAUACAAAGGAGAAAUCUCAGCCUGGUACAAGUCUUGGACAGGUCCCCAGCACCAGAGCAAAAGGGGGAACCGUCAUGCUCUGCAUGUCUCCUCCAUCUGGGAGCAGCUGCUGAAGAAGCAGAGAAGGUUUUUAGCUUGAAGCAAGGAGGAGAAUGGCAACUAAAACCAUCUGCAGAACUCAUUACACUGAUAGCCAUGACUUUUGAAUGUGCUCCAAGUCAAAGGUAUUUGGGUAACUCUUCUACCAGCAGCUUUACCAAAUGCUCAAAAUACAAUACUUUUGACAUAAUACAGAGGGGAGAUAUGCAGGAUUUUGAAAUAGUACCUACCAUAAAUUCGGAAGUAUACAUAGAAGAAUAUCAGCUUUACAUCUGACUGUUGCAAAUCCCCACCUGCCUAGUAAUAAAGGAAGGGAUGAAGAACUGGUGGCUAUCAGAACUAAGCAAGAGUGACAAGCUGGGCAACAGCAAGGACAAAACUAUAAUUUCCCCGGCCUCACUGCAUUAAGAAGUAAUUCCAGAGGAGUUUUCUCUGUAGGAGGUAGGGAAUGAAUUUAAUCCAUCGAUUGUACUGAGAGAAUGGAAGACAAUGUUUGAUUUUUCUGCCACAAUCCUGGAGGCCAAGAAUAGUGCUGAGGGGUGCUUUGGAGAAGCUGUCCAGGCAGGUUUUGCAAAGGCUUUCUGAGAGGGAGAAAGUAAUCAACUGCAGGUUUAUCACCGAUUGGAAAGAAUGCUGGGCUGCUUAAUAUCACCUUUAAACUGUACUCCUUAUUUGAAUUUGGUGGGGAAACAUGUGAUUGGUGAUGUACAGAACAUCACCAUUAGUCAGUAUGCGUGCUCUGAUCAAGUUGCGGUGACAAUACUGUGGACAGCAAAUCCUAUUGGUAUCGAAUUUCUAAAGGGAUUUCGAGUAAUACUUGAAGAGUUAAAAUCAGAGGGGAGACAGUGUCAACAACUGGUUUUAAAAGACCCAAAGCAGCUCAACUCAAGUUAUAAGUGGACUGGUGUGGAGUCUCAGCCUUUUCUAAAUCUGAAAUUUGAAACCGACUACUUUGUAAAAAUUGUUCCUUUUCCUUCCAUUAAGAAUGAAAGUAACUAUCACCCAUUUUUCUUCAGAACUCGGCCUUGUGAAUUGUUGCUACAGCCGGAAAACUUAGCCUGCAAACCUUUUUGGAAGCCGAGGAGCCUGAACGUUACUCAGCAAGGCUUUAACAUGCAUGUGUCCUUUGACCAUGCUCCACAUAAUUUUGGAUUCCGAUUUUAUUAUUUGCACUACAAACUUAAACAUGAAGGACACUUCAAACAGAAGACCUGCAAACAGGAAAAAAAUACAGACGUCACAAGCUGUACUCUUCAGAACGUCUCACCAGGAGAUUAUAUAAUUGAGCUGGUUGAUGAUACAAACACAACAAGGAAAACUAUGCACUAUGCAUUAAAACCAGUACACUCCCCGUGGGCAGGACCAAUAAGAGCAAUAGCCAUUACCGUUCCCUUGGUUGUCAUCUCUGCAUUUGCAACGCUUUUUACAGUGAUGUGUCGCAAAAAGCAGCAAGAAAAUAUCUAUUCCCAUUUAGAUGAGGAGAGUUCAGAAUCUUCUGCCUACUCUGCAGCUCUCCAUGUGGAAAGGCAACGGCCUCGGCCCAAAGUAUUCAUCUGCUAUUCCAGUAAAGAUUGCCAGAAGCACAUUAAUGUCAUUCAGUGUUUUGCCUAUUUCCUCCAGGAUUUCUGUGGCUGUGAGGUUUCCUUAGAUUUAUGGGAAGAUCUGAGGAUUUGUAAAGAAGGGCAGAAAGAAUGGCUUCAUCGGAAAAUCAAUGAGUCCCAGUACAUCAUCAUUGUGUGUUCCAAAGGAAUGAAAUACUUUGUGGAGAAAAAGAACUGGAAGCACAAAGGGUCCAGGGAAAAGGAGGUUGGGAAAGAACUCUUCUUGGUUGCUGUAGCUACAAUAGCGGAGAAGCUGCGUCAGGCAAAACAGAAUUCGCGUGACCUCUGCAAGUUCAUUGCUGUCUACUUCGAUUACUCUUGUGAGGGGGACAUUCCUGGCAUUCUGGAUCUAACUACUAAGUACAAGCUCAUGGAUAACCUGCCUCAGCUUUAUUCUCAUUUACAAUCCCGAGAUCUUAGUCUUCAUGAUUCAGAACUGUAUCCUGUACACAUUAGCAAAAGGAAUUAUUUCAGAAGCAAAUCUGGGCGGUCCCUUUAUGUAGCAAUUUGCAACAUGCACCAGUACAUUGAUCAGGAGCCUGACUGGUUUGAAAAACAGUUUGUUCCUUUUUCCACAACUUCAUUACAUUACCAAGAACCUGUGAUGGAAAAGUUUGACUCUGGAUUAGUACUGAAUGACUUAGUCAAUAAACAAAUGACUGAUGGGGAUUUCUACCUGAAAGCAGAUGCAAAUAUUGUUCCAUCUUUAAAUUCAGACUCUCAAUGUACAAUGCAGCAUUUGAAUCUCGGAGAAGACCGAGGAUCUCAAGACAUUCAUAAUGGUAGCUCCGUUCUUCAGCCAUUACUGCAUGUUGUAAAAGCUGCCAAUCUCCCAGAUAUGCCCCGGGAUUCUGGAAUUUAUGAUUCCUCUGUUCCUUCAUCAGAAUUAUCACUGCCUUUGAUGGAAGGGCUCUUAGCAGACCAUACUGAAACUUCUUCCAUUACAGAAAGUGUUUCCUCUUCAUCUGGACUGGGAGAAGAAGAACCUCCUAUGCUUGCUGCCACCAAAUCCAUAGUGCCUGCAAUCUGUAAAGCAGAACUUCAUUGCCAUCUCCGCACUGAAGAACUGCAGGCAAUUGCACCUUUAUAACACAUUGCAAGAUUGUUAUGCAUUGCCACUUUAUCAAAAGUCUCUGUGUAUGCAUUAAUCUCUACAUCAUCACAGCUACUUGUCUUACUUGAAGGAGCAGCACUUUCCUGGAAGUUACCUGUUGCUUCCAAGGGGAGUUUAUGGCCAGUAUAUUUUUAUAUGUAGCUUUGUAUUUGGUUUCUUUUUUAAAAAGUAUUUUCUGGUUUCAUACUGUAAUGUUUAAAGAGAUAAACAACACACACAAAAGAAAAAAAUAUUAUAACCAGCUUGGAUUGCAUGAUGAAGUUACAUUUACAAAAGUUAAAACACUCCUACUUUAGAAUAUAAACUACAUAUUUUAAAGAAACCUAAAAUGAUGAAGUCAGUGUUCUGGUUCUCGGAUACUCAGUGCAUUUUAUAGUGGUGCUUUUUAUUCUGAAUGCUGAAGUACCUGGUCCUGAUAGAAUAAUAAUGUGUACAGCAGGAUUUUUGGAUGGGAGGCAGGAUUCAGUGUUAGAAUGCCAAAGACUAGUGUUAUAAAAGAAUAGGUUUUAACAAAAAUUGAAAUGUCUCUUAAUAAAUUCUGAUCGUGUUCAUCUAAUCCAUUGUGUUCUAGGAACAAGAUGUUAAACAUGUCAUGUAUUCUCCUUAAUAGCAUUCCUUAGUCAACUUGAAAGCAAUUUUAAUUUUUAAAACUGUUUAAAAUUAACAAAGUAAUUAGUUAUCCUGUGACUUUAUUGGCUUUUUAAAGGAUUCAGUGUUUCUUAUUGGAAUUUCCAUCGCCAUAAAUGGAGGCAAAAGUGCAAGCAAUUGUUAUGAAGCUGAAAACGGUCAUACAUGUCUGAGAAAGACCCCGCAAGAUUAUAACCUAAAUCCCGGGAAAUCUCAAUGGAGUGUUGACUAACACAGCCUCCAUUGUGCACUAGUGUCCAAGAUUGUUACAUGUAUUGUUGUUAUGAAUAUACACUACAUUUUUUCAGUUGAAUAAUUUAAAGAAAUGCAACUUUAUCAAAAACAUACUCAUAUCAAACACUUGCAUGUACCAGGGGAAAAAAUGCAAGUGCACAACAAUAAAAUAUGUCUAUUGUAUCUUGUCUAGAGCAAAUAUAUAUUAAAGGCAUUUUUAAUAAAGCUGUAUUUCUAAGCUAAUACAGAAGUUUGUAUUAAAAGGAAUGUAUAUAAAAUAUGCAUAUAUAAUUGACCAAGACUUUUUAUAAGACAUGUUGUGAACAUACAUUGUCUUCUGGUGUAAUUAAUUGUGAAUUUUUGUCAGUUCUCUCAAAAUAGUAUAUGAAAGUACUGUUCCACAACAGCAGUUAAUAUAUUAUUCUUACAUAUUUUUAUUCCAGAAUGAUACAUGCAUUGGCCAAAAUGUUCUCCAGCUUCAAAUAUAAGCAAAACCAAAGUUAAUUAUGUGAAAGAACUGACAAUUCACAGGUAGUGAUGUUUACACAAACUGCUCUUGUCUGAUAGAUACGCUGCAUCAUAUGUGGUAGGUGGCAUCCAAAUUUUUGAUGCAUCAGUGCACUAUCAAUAGAAAUUCCUGCUACUGUAAAGAGAAUUGCUUUGUAAAGGACCCUUGUGUGACUUUGCUACUGUAAAGGACCAUUGUGUGAGUGCAACUCUCUUUCCACUAGAAGGUGCUUCCCCGUUCCCCCGAUGUACGCCCACUCCAUACCACUAAAUUGAUUGCACCAGCUAGGAGGCAUUCAUGGAGCAAGUUGUGACUGGAACUUCCAACAAAGUAGAAUCAGUGUCAUAGUCAAGAUUAACUAAGAGGCCUCUCAGGAGCAGGUUACUGUUGAUAUUUGGUAUUAAAUGCCCAUUUGUGAGGUUUUUGUCCCCACUAGAUUGGUUGCAGAUGCACCAUAUGCCACAGCUGAACUUUAGAAGAUAAACCCUGAAUAAAUGUGUUGCACUGUAGAAGUUGUCAGUGGUCUGAUUCUUAUGUCAAAUACAACUAUUGCAGGCUGAAGAGCAGUUAUGUUCUGGUAGACAUGGUAUCUAGUUUCAUACAAAGUCUCAUCAGUAUGUGCAUGAGAGACUCCCCUGCAGCUGCUGUGGCAUUUUGUUUGGCAUGUGGCUCAUUUAAAACACCAGCUUGAUCAUAUUGCUAUGAGUCUUUCUGCAAGAGCUUGAAUGCUGCUGCCUUGACUUAGCUGAUUGUGGGAAAGCGUGGCUGACUCCUAUUCCAGUUUGUAGUGCUUGAGAGCUAUAGCUAGAAUCUAGCAUUUUGUUUGCUCUAGGCGUCAGAAGGAAAAUUCUUCUUGUUUUGGUUGUGCAUGAAUUAAUAAUUGUGGUUUGGAUUCAGGUGAAAUGCAAAAACUAAAACUCUAAAAGGGUAUUUACAUGACUGUAGGCAGGGCGGGCGGUGGGGAAGGCUACACAAAACUCCCCUCCCCUCCAUCCCAAACAAUUGUUGAAUAUUGUUCCUGGCAGAAACUGAUCUCCUGGCUGCUCCCAACAGCACAGAUCUCUGGAGGCCUGGCCAAUACAUCCCAGCCUCCAGGAAUCCCAUAAUGCACCAUGUGCUAAGCACAGUGCAUUGGGGGAUUCCCCAGGAGUGCCCAUCUCUGUGCACUUCGUGCAUUCACAUGGACCUCUGUUAAAGGCUGAGGUAAAAAGCAAGGUUUGGUGGGAGGGCAGUACCGGGAGAGGCUGCUUGUGUGAAUAGAUUUGUUGUGUUCACACAAGGCUGGGUUCUCUUAUUUUUCCAUCUUUUCCCUGUCCACACCAUUCCAUAAUGGUUCCAUGAGCAACUUUUCCAUGAGUGCAGUGGGCUGCAGGAGGUCAGGGUGAUCACUGAAAAAUCAGGAAGCUUGCCUUGCACAAGCACAUGUCCUUCCUGCUUGCUCAACAGAACCUUUGAAUCAAAGUCAAUGCAAGCAAGUCUGUGUCCUCACAAACCAUGGCCACAUGAUAAUAAUAAUAAUAAUUAUUAUUAUUAUUAUUUAUUUGAUUUCUAUACUGCCCUUCCAAAAAUGGCGGUUUACAAAGAGAAAUAAAUAAAUAAGAUAGAUCCCUGUUCCCAAAGGGCUCACAAUCUAAAAGAAAAAUAAGAUAGACACCAGCAACAAUCACUGGAAGUACUGUUCUGGGGGUGGAUAGGGCCAGUUACUCUCCCCCUGCUAAAUAAAGAGAAUCACCACAUUAAAAUGUGCCUUUGCCAAGUUAGCAGGGGUUAUGGCUAGAAAUCUCAGGGGCACUGAAUACUAUCAUUGUGUCAGUAUCACCACCUGUUUGCUUUAUAUUAAGGCCAGCAUUAUUCUAUGUGAGAGAUCAAUGCUUUUAUAACUGUUGGCUUAUUGUGGAGGAAAGCCAGUUUGAUUGGUGAUAGUACACAAAUUGUCAUCAAUUUAUCAUUUGAUAUAGGCUUGAUUGCUCUUUGUCUGUGCUCCUCACCUUUUCAUACUACUGUAUUCUGUUCACUGAAAAUGAUCUUUGCCUGAUUGACAUCCCUAGGGUACCUGAAAUGACAACAAAAUUUGUAAGUACUGGAAUGUGUAAGGCAUUGGAAAUAGUAAUAUUGCAAGGAAGAUACUAUAGAGAAUAUAUGCCAUAAAGUGGAAGUGGAAACCACAUUAGUCAAAACUUCAUAGGAAUUUAAAUAUAAUGUUGUAAAUUACUUUUAUACUAAUUUUCAGCUUCAUAACAAUUAUUUGUACCUUAAUUUAUUUGUAAGUAAGGGCCAGUUGCUAAAUUUAGACUCUGGGAGGCUAGAUCUGUCUUUGAUAUGGAGGCUAUUUUCAAAAGUGGGCACUUCUAAACAAAUUCUUUCUUAUGUGAAACUUAUACAGAUUCCAUGUGAGAACUGUAUCACUUCAUUAUACUCAUUUGAAACAGUACUAAGAUUCAUGUAUUCCAGUGGAACUGUUUUGUUCUGGCACCCUCACAGAUUUUCUCUGGAAGGAGUUCUGCACUGGCAGAAGAACCUUAACUAUUUCGCCUACUGGUGAACCUCGCCAUUUGCAGACCCAACAACAGUUCUGCAUAUCUUUAGUUAGAUAAUUGACACCCAACCUCUCCAUACGCAGAAAACAAAAGGUUAAGUUUCGCUGUCUUGAGGUGGCCGGAAAUGAUCUCCGAGGUCAUUUACAGCCACCAUUUUGACAACAACAUUUCCCCCCAUUACUUUUCAAGGGAAAAUGCAGGAUUGGGGGUUUGGGGGACAUUCCUGGACAGCUGGAGACAUGCAGAGCACAGUAGGGCCUUUUACUUAGCCUAUUAGUGGCCGUUUUUCACCAGUUUUUGACAAUUUUCUAGUCUCCAGGAACCUACCCUACCCCCAUCCCUGUUGCCUUAAUGCCCUGUUACUGUAUUUUGUAAAACUAUUUCAUGCUGUGGUAUUCAGACACAUUUAUUAAUAGGCACAAGUUUAAAAAUACACUAUGAUUCAAAAGUUGAAUUACUGUGACUUGGAAUGGCUGUAUCCUGUUGAAGGGGAUGGUGUUAGGCAAUUGUGGAAAACAUGGACCUAUACACAAUAGGUAUAAGAGUUUGCUCAUAUCUUAGUAGUUUUGUCUGACAUUGCUAGACAACUUCUUCAUUCCCCAUUAACAAACUACUUAUUAAACUUCAGAACCUUCAAGAAUUUGUUGCCAUUAAGAUUGCCAAUGAAUCACGGGGGCGGGGAGGGGAACUGGCCUAGGAUUUUUUAUUUGUUUUUUUAAACUAGACUGUUGCUGGAUGUGUGUUUUGUUUGGUUUUUAAAUAUAGAGCCAGAAAUUUGACUUGGUUGCCAAAUUUUUUGAAUAAAAGACAGCAUCACCACAUGCAUUUAGUGAACUUGCUUAAUCUGUGUAGCCAACUCAUGCACAUUAGGUGCUAGGCUAGUGAGUUUCACUCCAGAAAGCCAUUUCACAUACUAUUGCUUGUCUGCAAUGGAAUUGCUUUCUUACACACUUCCCUGUGCAGACAUAUCCAUUAACUUGCCCUAAGCUCUGCCUCCUGGCCUUACCUAGGUACCAGAAUUUUUUAAAAUCAAAAGUUGGUCUACUUGGCAGUUGUAACAAUAUAUGAAGAGUCUGCUAUACAUGCAAAAUCUUUGGUAAUGGCAACCAUUUAUGCCUCAAGAAACAGCUCCUACAAAUAGUGUUGCUAAAUAUUCUAAAUAUAAUACAAAUAGUGAUACAAAACAAUCCGAAGUUGUUUUAUCCUAAAGCCACAGUUUAAAAACAAUAUCUACACCAAGUUUGGUAAGCAACUCUGUAGAGGUUAUUCCAGAAUGGAAUGUGAACUUCCUCUAACAAGUUGGAACUUGGAGGGAAUUUUGCAGAAGAAUUCCUGUGGUAAAUAAUUAUACUUCCACAUGUGAUAGCUAUGCUAAUUAUUUUAAAAUUUUGCACAGCCUAUUUCCUGCCCCUAUCCUUGCAUAUGAUGACCACUUGAAAAUUUAGCCUGUGUAUGCUGAUUACUUGAAAGUCAUACAACAGUUGUCCCUUCAUAUUUCCUUUUGCACAGCAAUCAGGUCAUUCUGUUUGGCAGCAUUUGUCUACUUUGAAAGAAUAGAAAAGAAAGUUUUCUCAAGAGCCUUUGGUGGGGAACUCUGUCAAAAGUUUUUUGGAAGUCCAAGUAUACUACCAUAGGUGAUCAACAGAAUCACCUUUAUCCACAUGCCUGUUGACAUUCUCAAAGAACUCCAAAAGGUUAGUGAGGCAAGACUUGCCCUUGCAGAAGCCUUGCUGGUUCUCCUUCAGUAAGGAGAACUUGUACCUGGUUCUUCAGUACCUUCAGUACCUGUUCUUCUAUACAUUCCAACAAUUUUGCCCAUAAGUAUGCUUUCCAUCAAUUUACCCAGGACAGAAGUUAAGUUUGCCGGCCUUAAAAGCAAUCCCAGAUCCCACCUGGAUCACUUUUUGAAAAUCAGAUUUGUUACUUUCCAGUCCUUUGGUUCAGAGCCUGACUGUAGGGACAAGUUACAUAUUUUUCCUAGAAAAUCAGCAGUUUCACAUUUGAGUUCCUUGGGUGGAUGCCAUAUGGCCCUGGUGAUGAGUUAAUUUUGAGUUUUUCAAGACAGUUUAGAACAUCCUCUCUUGUCACCUCAAAUUGGCCCAGUUCUUCAGCCUCCAAGCCUGAGAAGAUAAUUUCCGGAGCAGGUUAUGGUCAGUAUCCUUAGACGAAAAGCCAGAUGCAAAGAAUGCCCUCCUUAACUAAGGGUCCAGUCGCAGGCAUCUGGCAGGUUUUCUGCAUCUUACAUAUUUAAAGAAGUUUUUGUCAUUCCCCUUGACCCUUCUAGCUAUAUGCUUCUCAAACUCUCUUUCUGCAUUCCUUAUUGUCUCUUUGCAUUUCUUUUGACAGAGCUGAUGUUCCUUUCUGUUCUUUUCAUUUGGGCAGGACUUCCAUUUGCUGAAGGAAGUCCUUUUCACUUAUAUAGCUCCCCUGACUGGAAGUCAUGCCGGAGUCCUCCUGUCCUGAACAUGGUGGUACUUUUCCUCCUUGGUAUAAAUUCCAACUGAGCUAUUAUUGUGGUUUUGAAUAAGUCCUAUGCUUUCUGGAGUGAUUUGACCCUCCCAACUUUCCCUUUCAGCUUCCAUUUUACCAGUCCCCUCAUUUUUGAGAAGUUUCCUUUUGUGAAGUCCAACGCAUCUGUGUUGGACUUCCUUGGCAGUGUUCCCCUUGCAUAUAAGGCCCUAUCCACCCCCAGUACAGUACUUCCAGUGACUGUUGCUGGUGUCUAUCUUAUGUUUCUUUUUAGAUUGUGAGCUCUUUGAAAACAGGGAUCCAUCUUAUUUAUUUAUUAUUACUCUGUGUAAACCGCCCUGAGCCAUUUUUGGAAGGGUGGUAUAGAAAUCAAAUGAAUGAAUGAAUGAUAAAUAUAAGCACACAAUGGUUACUAUUCCCCAAUGCUCAGUAUCUUGCACCAGGUCCUGGGCACCAUUCAGGAUUAAGUCCAAGGUCGCCUUCUCUUUGGUUGGUUCCAUGACCAAAGGUUCUAUUGUUUAUUUAGCAUGUCUAGAAACAGUUAUUUAGCAUGUCUAGAAACUUGGCCUGCACGUGAAUUUGCCCAGUAUAUGUUUGGGGGGGGGGUAAUUGAAGUCACCCAUUAUUACAGCUCUGUCUCUCACCUCUUUGAUCUGCUUCUACAAUUCCAGGUCACUCAGUGUUUCGAUCUGGAAGAUGAUAGAUUGUCCCUAGUAACACAUUUCCUUUCAAUCCUCUGAUUGUCACCCAUAAUUAUUCUCUGGAGGAUGCCAGUUCUCCUAGGUUUUCUAGCUUUUUGGAUUUUAUCCCUUCUUUAACAUAGAGUGCUACUCCACCCACAAUCCACCCCUCCCUGCCCUUUCUGUAGAGUUUGUAUCCAGGGAUAACAGUGUCCCACUAGUUCUCACCGUCCCACCUGUUUUUUGUUAUGCCCACUUUAUCUUUGUUUUAAUUAGUAAUCAAGCACUCCAGCUCCACCAUCUUAAGAUGGUGAGGACAUAAGAAUAGCCCUGCGGGAUCAGGCCCAAGGCCCAUCUAAUCCAGCAUCCUGUUUCACACAGUGGCCCACCAGAUGCCGCUAGAAGCCACAGGCAGGACCUCCUGCUGUUACUCCCCUGAAACUGGUACUCAGAGGCAUCCAGCCUUGGAGGCUGGUGGUGGCCUAUAGCCCUCCAAUUAGUAGCCGAUUAUAGACCUCUCAUCCAUGAAGUUAUCCAAACCCCUCUUAAAGCCAUCCAGGUUGUUGGCUGUCACCAUAUCUUGUGGCAGAGAAUUCCACAAGUUGAUUAUGUGUUGUGUGAAAAAGUACUUCCGUUUGUUAGUCCUAGAUUUCCUGGCAAUCAAUUUCAUGGGAUGACCCCUGGUUCUAGUGUUGUGUGAGUGGGAGAAGAAUUUCUCUCUAUCCACUUUCUCCACAACAUGCAUGAUUUUAUAGACCUCUAUCAUGUCUCCAUGUCAUACCUGUCAAGUUUCCCAUUUUAGCCGGGAAACUACCGAAUUUUACCCCUCUUUCCCGCCGUCCCGGAAAUCUCCCGUAUAAUUUUUAAAAAAUCCUUACUCUCCUCUGCCACUCCAAACUGAACUUUGUAGCCUCGCGAGAAGCUAGCCGAUCGCAGCGCUUGUUUGCCUCAGCCCCACCUCCAGGAACACGUGGCACAGGGAGCUACCUCCCAUUGGCCCGGCUCCGUUGUGGAGGCGGGGCCAGCAGCAGCGAGACGGCUGCAGGCCUGCGUCGGCUCAGUCCUCUUCUGGUCAAGCACAGAGAGGACGUGCUGUUGCUGCUCCAGCUCCGGGCUUCUUCCGCUUGUGUCAUUAGCGCUGCCUCUGGCCUGUAGCCCCUUAAGCGCUGCGCACGAGCUGAGAGGUACCUGUUGAGCUGUGCGAGCGAGGUGUGCAGAGGAAGGUGGAAGAAAGAGGCAAGAGCCCUGUGGGGAGGGAGGAGGGGCAGGCUGUGUGUCUUGGCUUUUUAAAUGUAUGGGUCCUGCGUGGCGGCGGGGUGCUUUUCUCCCCCCUUCCCCAGUUAUUUCAGAGCAGGUUUGGGAGGCCAAAACAGCGGCCCACCCAGUCCAUCUCAGAGUUUGCAAACCUGGCUGCUGUGCAUACAUGCCCAUACCAGCACUGCACUUCCUUGGUUUCUGAACCACAUUUCUGUUUCUUUCCCCCUGAAUUUGGGGGGAUGUCAGUUGGCUUAUAAUGUGGUUGAAGAAUCUCUUUUUGGCUAGUGUACACAUUAUUUUCUACUCUGCGUCCUGUCCCACCUUAAUCUUCUCAUGCAGCAUUAACAGUGGGAGAGAGAUACUGGAGCUUGGUUGUGGUGGUGGGAUGGCUCGCGGCGGGUGCCGGAAAAUUUUCCUUAUUUUCAAAUCCAGAACUUGACAGGUAUGCUCCAUGUCCUUUUUUAGAAGUGGUGACAACAAUUGUAUGCAGUACUCAAGGUGUGGCUGCAUCAUAGUUUUGGCUUGGAGGCUUCUGGCUUUGGUAUACAAACAGCUAUACACUGAGUCUCUUAGCUGGCACUGGCAUAUGCUAUCGCCCUUACUGUCCUUUGACCUUUUUGACCAGCUGUCAUGUGUUUCUGUCUGCUCUGCUCCUGUUUAUACUCUGUCUCCUUCUGGUUUAUCUGAAAAAAUUGCACCCUCGCACCUUAGGGUAUUUCGCUUGCCAAAUGAGAUACCACCCAGUUCCUGUCAGCAAUCCCCCAGGUUUCAUUUUAAAAGCUGCUCUGUGACUUUUUUUUAUUUUAAGCACCAUCAGUUUGGUUCCAUCUUGGUUGAAGUGGAGACUGUCCCUUCUGUACAGGCUCUGCUUGCCCCAAAAUGUAUCUCGGUACCUAACAAAUCUAAACCCCUCCUCCCAUCACCACCAUCUCAUCCCUAUAUUGAGACCCCCUUGGCUGUUCUUGUCUCACUGGCCCUGCACGUGGAACAGGUAGCGCUUCAAUAUGCAGGCAAGUCACUAUGCAGUCUACACAUGGGUCACAAACCCAUCUCUGUGCCCCUAAGAACUGAAUCACCCACUGCUAGGAGGCCUCCAACGCCCAGAGGAUUAUCCUCUUUGCAAGAUGAUAUGGGCGCCCUUAGAAAGGGGUCUCUUUUAAGGGAGCAUUCCCCUCUUCCUCAGACUGAUGUCCUCCUUCCCCGAGACCUUCAUUUUUCAUGACAGUAAAGGAAGUGUCAGCCUGGGAGUGGGAUGCCUCUGUCACAUCCCUGAGGGCCUCAUCCACAUCCCUCUCUGCCUGCAUGAGUUUCUCCAGGUCAGCCAUCUUGGCUUUGAGGGAAUGAACUUGUUCCUUGAGAGCUGAGAGCUCCUUGCACCAAGCGCACACCCAUGACUUCUACUGCUCAGGCAGAUAGUCACACAUGCAACACUGUGCAAUACACUGGGAAUUACCCCCUCCCCUGCUGGCACUCUACCUUCUACCUGGUUUUAUUGGUUAGUAGAACCAUUCAGUUAGCAGGAAACUCUCCUUACAGACUCUCAAGUCAAAGGAUGAUGUCAGUGCUUGCUCUCCCUCGUACCAGUCUUUUUCCCAUGGAGAUCCAUAUUUGUGAGGGUAAACUUUUGUUUGGGAUCUCGGGGGCGGGGGGGGAGACUACACUCUGAGUCUCUCUCUUUUUAAAGUAGUUUUUCUCUAACAAAAGUGGCCCUCAGGGUGUUCUUAAUGCAUUUGCAUGUAAUGUUUAGUUCAUCCCUCAGAGAUCAUAAAGCCAGCCCACGUUAGGUGAUGGUUCUGAAUGUGUGAAACAAGGUGAUGGCAACACAUUCCACUCCAUUCUGCUAUAUUACAAAUGACCAUGAACACAUGCUAAAUAACUUACUGAUAUUGUCUACUAGAUGCAGUGUCUAGUGACAGUGUAUAGUGAUAAAAUCCAGAAUGCUUCAUAACUUUGGUAGGACUUGGUUAUAAGACAGAUGAGUAAAUCAAGAAUUUCAGAAAACUGAGUUCCUUUUUAAAAAUAGAAUCUGCCUAAAAAAAUUGCAUAAUACACAUGCAACAGCCCCCAAGCUGUUUGUGUCAAGUAACUUACAUGAAAGAUUAUGCUACAAUAACUGUGUUAAACUUUAAGGUGCCAUGAGACUCCUUGUUUUUAAAAUGUUUUGAAAUACAGGUAAGCUGAAACAUUCAGUUUGUUCUGCAUUCAGAAUCACAUUAUUGCCAUAGUUUCUUGAAAAGGAUAAGUACUUGAACCAAAUUAAUUAUAAUUCCUUCAUAAGCAAAUGAAUUUCUUUAACUUGCUUAUGAAUUUCAUUUGGAACAUAGGAAGCUGCCAUAUACUGAGUCAGACCAUUGGUCUAUCUAGCUCAGUAUUGCCUUCACAGACUGGCGGCGACUUCUCCAAGGUUGCAGGUAGGAAUCUCUCUCAGCUCUAUUUUGGAGAAGCCAGAGAGGGACCUUGAAACCUUCUGCCCUUCCCAGAGUGAUUCCCUCCCCUGAGGGGAAUAUCUUACAGUGCUCACACUUCUAGUCUCCCAUUCAUAUGCUACCAGGGCAGACCCUGCUUAGCUAAGGGGACAAGUCAUGCUUGCUAUCACAAGACCAGCUCUCUUCUCCAUUUGAUUAUGCUGCCCCUCUUCUUUGGAACACUCUCCCCCACCCCAGAUUCAUGUUUGUUUUUAAGGUCAUUCUUAAGACAUACCUGUUUCGCCAGGUGUUUGCCAUAUCUAUAUCUAUAGAUUGAUUGUUGGUAUUUCUGUUGUUCACCUCAUAGAGUCUUUGGAGGAGGCAGUAUAUAAGAAGUUUCAAUAAAUAAGCAAGGAAAUACAUUUUGCCUAAUUUAGUACUGUUUUAUAGAGGAAAUUUUGUCCAGUUGGAAUUUGGUUUUACGAGAGAAGGCCUAGACUGCCAGUUUGCCUAAAGUCUCAUCAGGAAGUUCUCCUUUUGUGCUACUUACACACUGGCCAAUCCAUAAGUUAAGUGUGCUUGGGCCCACUGAAAUAAAUGCUGGCUAGUGGGGUUGUCGGGCUGGUGGGGUUGUUGUCUUGGAAGCAAAGUGAGCAAUUAAUGUAACUCUAGUUCAACUAAACAUGUGCAGUGGAUGCUUCCAUAUACUAUUUAUCUUUGUACAUGGACUUGCACAUGUGUGUUCUAGAAGCUGGGAAGAAGUUUCUUUGACUCUGGUGGGAUGUUCUUAUUUAUUGGGUCAUAUCCAAAGAUCCUCUUCCAUUCACAGAUGAAGGUCUGUUUGUGCAAAGAGGAAGGGGUAUUUUUGCCCAUCUCCCUUUCCCCCUGCAGCCCCCUGGACUCCCUGAAAAUUUAUUCCUGAAAGAUGGGGAACUCACAGAUGUUUGGGGUGCCGGGGACUGCAGAAUGAAGAGUAUACUGAAAAUUGCCCCUCUUUGCAAGUGGAGCUUCUUCUACCAGUGGAAAAACUUGAUAUAAUACCCAUUGAUCUUUCUUAGCAAGGAGUUCUGCUCAGGCUGUCUCAGUAACAUAUUUCCACUAAAACUGAUUGUAAAAACUUGUUUUCAGGAAACAAAAGACAAUCCAUUAAAAGUAUCCUUCUGUGCUUUUUAGGUUGGGUUCAUCCAUACACACAUCUCCUCCUCUGAGCUCUGUAUGCUUUGGGAAGAGAAGCUGAAUAUUUGAUUGUGAAUCUUAACUUUUGACAAAGGACACAAUUCACCAGAACUCAAGUUGUGUGAGCUCCAUUGAAAUUUAUGUCCCUUUGCAAAUCUCAUUAAUUCCAAUGAGAUUCACACUGGAGAUAUCCAUGGUAGAUUAUGCCCAAAGUAGCCUACUUAAUUACUAUUAAAGUAACUACAGGUACUAGUUAUUUUAGGCCUUAAGAAUAAUAAAAUUUCAGGACUGAAUGCCCUUUCUGCUGAACAAUAUAAAACUUUAUUGAUCUAUUACAGCCACUGUAUUUGACUUUUAGAGAUUGUAUGAAGAAUAAUAGUAUCCUUCCAGGAUUCUGGCAUAUUAACUUGCUUGUAAUUCCUAAACCUGAAAAAGAUGUGAUGAAUUCAGAUUCAUAUUGUCCAAUAGCUUUGAUGAAUCGAGAUCUUAAAAUCUCAACAACAAUCUUAGCUAAAAGAUUAGACUGAUUCCUUUUUAUAAUGAUGAUCAGACAGGCUUUGUUCCUGGAAGAAGGUUAUCAGCUAAUAAAUGUUUAGUUGGUGUUGGAAACUUUAAUUAUACUAAAAAGGAAGGUGAAUUAAUUUUCUUAAAUGCUCAAAAAGCAUUUGAUCAUAUUGAAAGAACUUGUUUAAUUUCAGCACUAAAGGCCUUCAAUAUAGCUGGCAGUUUUAUUAACUAAUGUGUCAGUCCUGCGGCCAGAGUUAUAAUGGAUAUCUUUUAGAAGGUUUUCAGUUACAGAGAGGCACUAGGCAGAGCUGUCCCUUAUGUCCUUUAUUUUUUGCUCUGACUGAAACUUUGAUUUUUGCCAUUUGAGAUAAGAGUUCUAAAAUUCUGGUUUUCCCACCCAAGAUCAGUGACAUAACCUCUUGUAAGCCAAAAAUAUUAAUAUACAAUUUAGAGGUUAGAGUACUAUUAUAUUAGUAUUCAAUCUUUAGUAACAAGAUUGAACAGGUUUUAAAAUGGUAAAAUAAUCCCUUGCGUGUGUUAGAUCAUACAGAUGCAGAGAUACAACAAUGUUAAUGUUUUAUAACUAUUUUGUUGUGUGUGAAUAAAUUGAAAACUGCACAUUGUGUCCAUAUGGGUAAACACUUAAGUGAAUUUAGCAGUUUCCAUGUUUAUGUACAUGAUAUAACUCUUGAAAAUAGUUGAUACUUGGAUAAAUUUAGUUUUUAUGUUGCCAUAAUCUAGAAAUUAACAUCAGAAUAAAAGGUUAUAAAGCUCA